UAGGCUUGAGAGCGUAUAGUGCUUUGAGGGAUGAUUUCGAGAAAAGAGCGGAAAGGGCCAGACGAGCCUCCGAUUUCGACACUUGCUCAGUAGACUCCGAGUGCGACGUAGGAGCAUUUGCUGCGCGGCUACGCUUUUUUCUUUGAUAUGGAUACAUACGCUGAUUAUUAAUAAAUUAUUGUUAAAUACCAAAUAAAUAAUUUUGACUCGAACUUUGACACGUAAGAAAGAUAAAAAAAGGCUAGCCACUUUAUCGGUUCUUGUUACGAUUGCGUAACAAGUGGAUCUCGAUGAUUACUUUAUUGAGAAGAAUGACGCACAAUGGAUUUGUGGGCCGUUCCGUCUAUAUUAAUGGGUCCUACGAGGAAGCCAUAAAAGCGUUAAACCUUAGUCUACAAAGCAACGCUGCUUAUUUGCAAUCAGUUAAGAAGCAAGGCGCAAAUAAUCCUGCAAAAUUGGAGGAGACAGAAAAAUAUUUACUCCGGUCUGGUAUCACUUUGGAGCAAUUGGACAGUUUGUCCGUCAUCCAUGUGGCUGGUACCAAGGGUAAGGGUACAACGUGUGCGUUUACGGAGGCGAUUCUGCGACAGCACGGCUUCAGCACGGGCUUCUUCAGCUCGCCGCACCUGGUCUCCGUGCGGGAACGCAUUCGGCUAAAUGGCGAGCCCAUCAGCCAGUCGCACUUUGCUCGUUCCUUCUGGACCGUGUAUCGACGUCUGGAGCAAAAACGAGAACACGAGUCCGACAUGCCGACGUACUUCAAGUUCCUGACGAUUCUCAUGUUCCACGUGUUCCUGGAGGCAAAUGUUGACGUAGCGAUCAUCGAGGUUGGAAUCGGCGGCGAACUGGAUUCCACCAAUAUCCUGCGGAAUCCGGUUUGCGUCGGUGUGACGAGCCUGGGUCUGGAGCACACUUCGCUACUGGGCGACACUCUGGAAGAGAUCGCUCACCAGAAGUCGGGAAUCUUCAAACCGCAUGCGGCAGCUUUCACGGUGCAGCAACCGGAGUCAGCGAUGCGCGUUCUACGGAAGCGAGCCAUAGAGAGAAGAUGCCGCGAGUUGCGAGUAGUUUCCACGAUCCAAGAUCGAGAUUGGAACGAUGUCUUCUUGUUGACAUCAGGCAUCGACGUCAGUGACGUGCUGUAUCAGAAUGCUUUACUGGCGGUCAGCAUGGCACUCGAGUGGAUGAAAUUGCGUAGCGACCGGUCCAUUGUAAAAGACGAAUACAUCAAUAGUGUUUACAAUUCUCUAAGCGGUAAGGAUAUGUCACAAAUCGUUUCUUUAAAUAAAUUCGCGACAGCAUUGGCAAAUUGCAAAUGGCCUGGUCGUACGCAGAUUCUGGAGACCAAUGUGGCGGAUUUCUUUCUGGAUGGUGCUCACACAAUCGAGAGUAUCGUUAAUUGUGUAAUGUGGUUCAAAAGAGUCAGCCGAGAAACCUCCAAUAAGUUCCUAAUAUUCAAUACCAGUGGCGACCGGAAUUCUCUUAAAUUAUUAAACCUGCUAAAACCAUUGAACUUCGAUAGAGUUUACUUCGCUCCAAAUUAUACCGGCGUGACCAGUGUGGAAGAUUUAUCGAAUUACGUGCUAAUCGACGAGCAGAAAAAGAAAUGCAAGAAACACUGCGACCUGUGGGGCGAGAGUUCGAUAUUGAAGAGUAGCGUUGCUGAAGUGCUUUACGACAUUAAAAGGCAUGUAUCGUCGCGAACAGACAGUCACGAUAAAGUAGAAGUACUUGUAACGGGAUCCUUACAUAUGGUUGGCGCGGUAUUGGCUAUCCUGGAUCCCAACUUGACGAUGACCAGUGAUUUUUAAUAAAAUGUAAAAUAAGAUAAAAAUUCGAUUUAAGAUGCUCGUGUAACCAUGGCGAAAUAAUUUGUGAUGAGAAAUAUGAGAUGUGAUAAAUAUCAAUAUAUAAGCAAGAAACAUGAUAGGACAUUGAAAUAGCAAAAAAAAAAAAAAAA